GUUUAGACACCUUUCAGACAUCUUGCAUUUUUCAGUCUGAAAGAACGAAUUUAUAAAAUACCGUUGACUUCAUCGGGCCAAGCGAACCCGAAAUAACAGGGCCUUUAUUGUUGAUAUUCGUGACUUAUUUGUAUUUCGAUCGAAUGCAUGUGAGGCUAUAGGUGGCUGAACCGAGAGCUCGCGUGCCAAACCACUGAGCGGAUUGUCUCUCCCGGGGCUCUCGAGCCGUAUUGUGCGUCAUUUUCAUAGCUGCAUCUUGUUUUUCUAUCGAGGCAACAUGGCAACUCCCGCCGCGGUCAAUCCAUCUGAGAUGGGCAGUGAGUUGCCGGGGCCCGUUACUAUGCCGGGGGCGGUGGUGGGGGCGGGCCAAGUGAGGAUGGGCGGAGCCAUGCCGGGCCGUGGGGGCAAGAGGAGAUCCGGAGGGAUGGACUUUGAUGACGAGGAUGGGGAAGGACCAAGUAAAUUUUCAAGGUAUGAUGAUGAUGAUCAGAUACCUGGUGAUGAUAAGGAGAGAUAUGCCAGAGAGAACCACAGCGAGAUAGAGCGGCGUCGCCGUAACAAGAUGACCCAGUACAUCACGGAGCUGUCGGACAUGGUGCCCACCUGCAGCGCUCUGGCCCGCAAGCCAGACAAACUGACUAUCCUCCGCAUGGCCGUGUCCCACAUGAAGUCCAUGAGAGGGACCGGGAACACGUCCACUGACGGGGCGUACAAGCCCUCCUUCCUGACCGAACAGGAGUUGAAGCACCUCAUCCUGGAGGCGGCCGACGGCUUCCUGUUUGUGGUCGCCGCGGAGACGGGCCGCGUGAUCUACGUGUCCGACUCUGUGACACCGGUGCUCAACCACCCGCAGUCGGAGUGGUUUGGCAGCACGCUGUAUGAGCAAGUGCAUCCUGACGACGUGGACAAGCUGCGGGAACAGCUCAGCACCUCAGAGAAUUCCAUGACAGAUACCACAGUCACCCCUAAGCCUGAGGAAAACAAGAUGGCCACCCCAGCACUGAAAUUAGUACCAUGA